UCUGUAUUACGUGUAUUCCUGUCAUUCAACAACAUUCGUUUCGCAGUUCGCAGCGGUAGUACAAAUUGCUUCUUGCCUUUCCUACCGUUGGUUUGUUUAUUUACUCGAAUUUGCAAUAUUUUGCUCACUUUUUUGUGUUAAGCUAGUACUGUUCCGUACCUGCUGGUAGCUGCACGACGAUGGAUGAUGAAGAAGAGCACCCGAGCAAGGCCCACAGCCCUAUGGAAGGUGUACCCGAUAUGUACAGCAUUCUCCGUGGAGAGGUGGCAUCUGUUACCACGUAUGGGGCUUUUGUCAAAGUCGAAGGUUUCAAGAAGCAGGGAUUGGUUCAUAUAAGCGAAAUGUCUGCUUGUCGUGUGGAAAACCCAGCAGAGAUCGUGGACGUGGGAGAAAAGGUGUGGAUUAAGGUGAUCGGGAGAGAGGUGAAUGGGGAGAAAAUCAAGCUGUCCUUUUCCAUGAAGGCUGUGAACCAGGGCUCUGGAAAGGAUUUGGACCCCAACAAUGUGAUGGCGGAGCAAGACGAGCGAAGGAGGAGGCGGUUCAAAGACCUUUCGGGCCAGAGGAUAACGUUGGAGGCCGUGUUAAACACAACAUGCAAGAAAUGCGGUUGUAAGGGACAUUUUGCCGCAGACUGCUUCUCUCAGGGUGGACAACAGUACACCCUGGUCCCCGAUGAAGAAGAGCCUGUUGCUGCUGCUGCUGCAACCGCUGCUGUUGUUGCCCAACCCAGCCAGCCAGCGUCAGAGAAAUCGGAAGAGAAAAAGGCGAAAAAGAGAAAGAAGGAAAAAAAGAAGAAAAGGGAUGACAGCAGCAGUGACGAAAAAUCCUCCAAGAAGGCACGGCACAGCCACUCGAAGAAGAAAAAACACAAGAAACACAAAAAACACAAAUGAACAACAUAGUCCAUGUGGGAGAUGUGUAUGACGCACUGAAUAGUUUGUCAAACAUUUUGCAGAAUAUGGACAAUGAAAGAUUUAACAUUUUGUUUAGUUUUAAACUGAUGCAAAAAAUCAGCCUGAUGGAGAACAUUUUAAAUGGCCUAAGUGAAUGCCUAUAGAACUGUCAAAUAGUAUAUUUCUAUAUGUUUUAAAUGUGUAAUACGUUUCUUUUGUAAUGCAUUUCACAUAUAGAAGUGACACAUAGUCUAUUGUGAAUCAAGAUAUUGUAUGCUACAGGCCAUAGGAAUGCUUUUGUGAGUUGAACAGGACCAUUUAUUAAAUUUACUCUAUUGUA